AUGUGGUAUAUUUGUUCUGGAGUGUUCCAUGAAAAAAGCAACGAGAAUGCUGAAAAUUUAUACUCGUAUCCAAGACGCGCCGAGGCUGCGUCGACCGCGAGGUCCUCGCAGUCAAACAACCUUGGGCGGGGUUGCGUGUUACCGAACCCCGCACAUGGACAAGGCUUCGUAAACUCUCCCAUUUUUCGCGGCUCAGCUUUGUAUUUAGCGUCACUUCCGAGGCAAUUACUGAUCACGAAUUGGUACUCGGAUUCCCUCCCCGCACAGGGUUCCCGCGAAUCCUCGCGAGGUUCGGCCCUGAUCAGCUUUUGGGCGCUGUAUCUUCAUCCAUUGGGCUCAGCAACGCGCAGCUCGCACUGUGAGACGCCGUCCAGGAAGCCUAUGUGGCUUUGGGGGAGUGGUCAGGAAGGCUCCCCGACACUGUCGAUGUCAAAGUUAGAGAUGACACUGCGCACCGUAGGCUGGUGCCCGCCAACGAAACCGCCACCGUUGGAACCGGCCUCUGACCAUUCGUGGAGUCUCGCAGCGACCGUCUCAUCCGCGCCCGUGGUUGGUAUGCUCAUGACAGAAGAACCGAUACGGAUUCGGCCGCACCUCGAAAUUACUUUGAGGAAUGUAACGCAACGCGGUGGUCAUUAUGCUCGUCGCAUGCGCCGGGUUACCGUCGGUAAGGUCGUGCAAGAACCUGUGCAGCUUAUCUUCCAUCGCACGCAGCUCAUCCGGCCCGACAUCAUCGCGAGCAGCGGCCGCGCGAGAAGCGCCUUGUGGCAUGGCGUCACGCCCCGGCACGGGGCGCCCUUCCGCAGCCCGCGGGGCCCCGAACGCCCCAGGCGGGCCGAGCUAGCACAGCGGGUGGGUCGCGAAGCCCACCGGAGGUCCUCGGGCAGCGAUUCUACGCUAAACACCCACCAUCGUCUAAGCCGCUCUAGACGAUAG